AUCAAACAUGCUAUUAAAAAUUUUGAAUCAUAAUUCUUUCUAAAUAAAUUCAUUAUACAAUUAAUAAUAUAGAAUGAAACUUAAGUAUGUAAUAGCUCCCACCAUAAGUCCCCUAAAAUUUAAUGAUUUUCCAUGUGGCAUGACAUCAUGUCAUAGUCAAAUCAUUUCCAUCCUAAAAUAAAUAAAGAAAUUUACAAUAGUGGUGCAAACUAGAUUGCAAUGGUGGAUUAAUUAAAGUUAAAGUAAAUCCCUCAAUGCAUCCAAACUUACAUGAUUAAAGAAAUAUGUAAGAGCUACAUUCUUCAAUGUUGUGGAAAUUUGUUUAGAAGCUAUAGAAAUAAAAUGAAGGCCAAGUAUUAUAACCCUUAUAAUACAGAUGAGGAGAGAUUGUGCCAUCGACCUCCACACUUAUCGGAUGAUGAUUGGAGGUGGCUCAUCCACUUUUGGGGUACACCUGAGGCCAAGGAUAUCUCAGAAAAAAACAAGGCAAAUAGGGCAAAACAAGUGAUAAAGCAUACAUCGGGAUCAAAAAGUUAUGCUCAAAUUCGAUAUGAACAGGCACAAAAGAAGGAGGAUCGAAGUGAGCCCAAUAGAAUUGAGAUGUUUGCCCUGACACACACAAGAAAAGAUGGGACGCCUGUUGAUGAUCAUUCUAAGGAGAUUAUGGAUCAAUUUCAACAAUUACUAUCUCAACCUGAGGGGACAUCUUCUUCUACUUCUGCAUCAUCUGGAGCAUCUACAUCUGUAUCAUCUACAUCUAUAGCAUCUACAUCUGUAGCAUCUACAUAUGUAGAUGAGAUAUAUACUCAAGUCAUGGGUCCAGAGAGGCAUGGUCGUGUUCGAGGGUAUGGAUUUGGUCCUACUCCUACCUCAAUCUUUGGUUCUACUAGUAGGAGACGAUUAGGAGUUAUUCUUUCAACACAACUUGAAAACGCCCAAGAGAUGUUAAUAGCUGCAGAACAAAAGUUUACAACUGCAACUGAAGAACUCUCAAAUGUGAAAGAUGAACUCUCACAUGUGAAAGAAACAUUUGAAGAGGUGUUGAUAGAAGUUCAAAAGAAGACACGUGAAGAAGUGAAAGAAGAGUUUGAAGAAAAAAUGAUGGAAAUGCAAAGAAAAAUGCAAGCACAAAUGCAAGCACAAAUUCAAGAACAGAUGAUGCAAAUGAUGCAACAAUUUCAGCAAAAGCAGUAGACAUUUGAAGAUUUUGCUAUAUCUUUAUAUAAUAGAUUCUCUUAACUUUUUUUUUUAAGAUUAUGCUACUUAUUUAUAUGAUAGAUUCUCCUAACUUUUUUUGCUUUCUAUGACUAUUAUGUGAUGUUUGGUUGGUUGAUUUGUUAUAUUAUGUUAGAAUGUGAAACUAAAUUUA